AUGGGUCCUCUGGUUUUGCCAUCAUUUUUGCCGCAAGAUCUUCAUUCUCUAUGGUAUAAACCGUGCCAUUUGUUGGUAGAAUCAGGAAAUCCAAGUGGAAAAUCUCAAUUAGAUCUUGAUGAAGCAGAAUAUGAAAACAAGAAAAGGGUGAUAAGAUCAUUUGGAUCUACAUGGAUAAGGCCAGUAGGGAUACAGCAAACGAUUCAUGAGCAGGAAGAGCUUGAAUCGGCGAUGAAUGAAGAUGUAGACGAAGAUGAAGAAAUCAACCAGGAAGACCCGUCUCUUGGAGAAGGAGGACUAGAAGAUGUUGAUGAGGUGGAUUUAGAUGCGGCUAUUCCUGAAGCAGUGAGUUCUGAGCAGGAAUCAGAUGAAUUUGAGGGUAGUUUUCAGAGUUUUCAGCAGUCUCGCAACCAAAGAAGACAGCUAGUAGAAUCAAGCAUUGGUAUUAUGAUGAGUCCAUUUGGGCAUUCGAGACAAAGGACUCUGGAGAUUGAUUUGGGGAUGAAUACAGAUGAGGGAGAUGCUAUGAGUUGGGAUGGAAACGCUAUAGCAGAAUGA